AUGUGUUACGUUGCACGAUAUGUUGUUAAAAAGCAAUUUGGUGUUGAUAAACUGAAAUAUAAUGGUCGUUGUCCUCCAUUUAAUGGUUCUAGCAAUCGUCCCGGUUUAGGUGCUGAUUAUUUUGACUUGUUGGAUUUGGAUGUUGAUCGUGUUUCUAUUUUUGACGGUAAGGAUGUUCACGCUGUCGGUGUUCCCCGCAUCGUGUUGGAGCAUAUCAAGCAGCGCGACGAAGAGUUAUACAAUGCUAUCAUGGAUACCCGUCGUUAUAUCAAUCAAGGCCCUAAUGGUACUCUUCCGAUUCCUCCGGCGUGGUUUCAGCAGACUUCUUCCACCGGUGGUGGUGAGUUUUCUUGGUCUGGUUCUACUUUUAACAACGGUUCUGGUUCAGUUGGUUUUUCUGGUAACGAUCCAUCUUUUCAUGGUACUUAUACGGCUUCCGACGGUAAAAAGUACGAUUAUGUCAAUAGUACCGUCGCAGGGUCUUAUAAUUUGACCCAGGGUUUGAUUGGUAAUCUUUGGGCUUAUAACCCCGGCAAUUCUGGUUUUUCGAUUUCGAUUAACGACCUUCGGAUUGCAACGUUGACGCAGCAGUAUUAUGAAUCUUUGGCCCGCUCCGGCUCCCGUUACGAAGAGGUUUUACAGCAGUUUUUUGGCGUGUCAAAUCCGGAUAGUCGUAUCAAUCAUCCGGAAUAUCUCGGCGGAAAUCGUGUCCGCGUCAAUGUUCGCGAGAUCACUAAUACUGCCCAGUCUGAGGUUGAUUUCCUCGGUGAUCUUGGCGCUCAGAGUGCGACUGCUGAUUCUCAUUUUGACUUCGUCAAGUCGUUUACCGAGCCCGGCUGGCUCUACGGCUUUGUUGUACUCCGCUACGAUCACAGUUAUUCGCAGUCUAUGCCUGCGCAGUUUACGCGCAAGCAUAAGUUUGAUUUUUAUAAUCCCCUUUUUGCUCAGAUUGGCGAACAGCCCGUUUACGACCGUGAAAUCUACGCUUCCAAAGCCACGCUUGAAAAUGAUUCCAUUUUUGGUUAUCAGGAAGCCUGGGCUUCUUAUAGGUACGGCCAAAAUCGUGCAUCUGGUUUCCUUCGGGCUAAUGUUACUGGCGCUCUUAGUCAUUGGACACUUGGCGAUAAUUAUGCCCAGAAGCCCGUCUUGUCUGAUGCCUGGAUUCGUGAAGAUAAGACCAAUCUUGACCGUGCUCUUGCUGUAACCAGCAACCUUACCCAUCAGGCUUUUGCUGAUUUUUAUUUUGAGACUUAUUGGACUAGGCCCAUGCCCAUGUAUUCCGUACCUGGAGCAAUUGGUGCUUUCUAA